GCCAAGCAAGCAACAUGUACAAGCAGCUGAUCGUCGUCCUGGCCGUGGUGGCCGCCUGCCUGGCCGCCCCCGGCCCCAAGCCGGCCCCCGGCCUGCUGGCCAGCUACGUAGCCGCCGCCCCCGCCGCCUACACCGCCCCCGCCGUCGCCGCCCCCGUCGCCUACACCGCUGCCGCCGCUCCCGUGGCCUACGCCGCCCCCUACUCUGCUGCCUACGUCGCCCCGUAUCACGCCGGCUACAGCGCAGCCAUCCUGGGAUGAACUUGGCGGCCUAUCAAAGCCGGCAGCGCUAACGGCUCAUAUUGGGAUACUCAAUGAAAUAAAUCUAUUAUGAUGUUA